AUGCACGGAUAUCGUGCGGGCUGCAGCGAGAACAGCUCACGCCGCUCUAGCGGUCCUCCGGAUCUAGGACACCGGUACCUCUACCAGUACCUGGAGCUCGUGCAUCAUCCUAAUGUUUCCAAAUCGGUUGUUGAAGCUAAAUGUUCCCCGACGUACAGUUCUCGCAGAUAUUAUUAUUGGGCGAAGAGAAGGAAGCCGGGUAGCAUAUUGGGCCCCGACCUAGACAAACAAGAACACGAGUUGAUAUUAGGGGACGCAACAUGUUGCCUUGCCCUAUAG